CAGAGGCCGAGUAUGGGCCGGUCUUCCUCCACCUCGGGUGUGAAAAUACCAAGUCGCAGCUGCAGCAGGGGCAGAGUUGUAGGCAGGUAAUCCACGGUAGCCCUCUGCAGUGUCUCUGGUGCAGCUCACUUUCAAAUUCAUACUGAGACAUAGAUGAGGAUGUCUAAGGCUUUGAAUAAUCCUUUUCAACACGUUGUUGAGCCCCUGGACCCUGAGGACCCGAAGCAGCAGUUUUUCAAUCUUUUCAAACUUGGAGACAGCAGAUAUGACCGUCUGCCGUUCUCCAUCCGGGUCCUCCUGGAGUCUGCUGUCCGGAACUGUGAUGAGUUUCUGGUGAAGAGCUCAGAUGUGGAGAGCAUCCUCAACUGGAAGCAGACCCAGGCUCAAACUGUGGAGGUGCCAUUCAGACCUGCCCGUGUCAUCCUCCAGGACUUCACUGGUGUCCCUGCUGUGGUGGACUUUGCAGCCAUGCGUGAUGCAGUAAUGAAACUUGGUGGUGACCCAGAGAAGAUUAAUCCAGUUUGUCCCGCUGACCUUGUCAUUGAUCAUUCCAUCCAAGUGGACUUUAACAGGAAGACUGAUAGCCUUCAGAAAAACCAGGAUUUGGAGUUUGACCGCAACAGAGAAAGAUUUCAGUUCUUAAAGUGGGGCUCUAAAGCCUUUAGGAACAUGCGAAUCAUUCCUCCUGGAUCAGGGAUCGUUCACCAAGUCAACCUGGAGUACCUGGCACGAGUGGUGUUUAACAACGAUGGGUUCUUCUACCCCGACAGCCUGGUGGGCACCGACUCCCACACCACCAUGAUUGAUGGCCUGGGUGUCCUCGGCUGGGGCGUUGGUGGAAUUGAGGCGGAGGCUGUGAUGCUGGGCCAGCCAAUAAGCAUGGUUCUGCCUGAGGUGGUGGGAUACAAGCUGCACGGAACCCCAGAAAAACUCAUCACCUCCACUGACAUUGUCCUCACUGUUACAAAGCACCUUCGUCAGGUGGGUGUAGUGGGGAAGUUUGUGGAGUUUUUCGGUCCGGGUGUGCUUCAGCUGUCCAUCGCUGACAGAGCCACCAUCGCCAACAUGUGUCCAGAGUACGGAGCCACAGCAGCUUUCUUCCCCGUGGACGACGUCAGCAUUCAGUACCUCGCGCAGACCGGGCGAGAUGUAGAAAAGCUGGCCUACAUCACAAAGUACCUAAAGUCAGUGGGAAUGUUCAGAGACUACUCCGACAUCUCUCAGGAUCCUGAUUUCACUCUGGUGGUGGAGUUGGAUCUCAGUACAGUGGUUCCAUGCUGCAGUGGUCCCAAAAGACCCCAGGACAGAAUUCCUGUUUCUGACAUGAAAAAAGACUUUGAAAGUUGUCUGGGAGCAAAGCAAGGCUUCAAGGGCUUCCAAGUGGCCCCUGAGGGCCACAGCGCCGCAGUCCCCUUCCAGUUCAAUGGAAAAGAGUUCACUUUGAGCCACGGCUCAGUGGUCAUCGCUGCUAUCACCAGCUGCACCAACACCAGCAACCCAUCUGUCAUGCUGGGAGCCGGACUUCUUGCUAAAAAGGCAAUAGAGUGUGGGCUGAGUGUGAAGCCGUACAUAAAGACCAGCCUUUCACCCGGCAGUGGAGUAGUCACCUACUACCUCAAGGAGAGUGGUGUUAUGGACUACCUCUUUCAGCUGGGCUUCGAGGUUGUUGGAUACGGUUGCAUGACGUGUAUAGGCAACAGUGGGCCACUCCCAGAGCCAGUGGUGGAGGCCAUAACACAGGGAGAUCUGGUUGCUGCGGGCAUCCUUUCAGGAAACAGAAACUUUGAAGGGCGAGUCCACCCCAACACCAGAGCAAACUACCUGGCUUCACCACCACUCGUCAUUGCUUAUGCUAUAGCAGGCACAGUGAGGAUAGACUUCGAGACAGAGCCCAUUGCCACGAACUCUGAAGGCAAAGAGAUCUUCCUGAGGGACAUCUGGCCCACACGAGAAGAGAUCCAGGCUGUGGAGAAAAUAUUUGUCAUUCCAUCAAUGUUUAAAGAAGUGUAUGAGAAGAUUGAGAAAGUGAAUGAACGUUGGAACUCUUUAGUUGCUCCCUCUGACAAGCUCUAUACCUGGGAUCAUCAAUCAACUUACAUCAAGUCUCCACCGUUCUUCAGUGGUUUGACCAUGAAGCUGCAGCCUCCUGAGUCUAUAACAGAUGCCUGCGUUCUGCUGAAUCUGGGAGACUCAGUCACCACGGACCACAUCUCUCCUGCAGGGAACAUUGCCAGGAACAGCACCGCAGCUCGCUACCUGACCAACAGAGGUCUGACUCCUCGAGACUACAACUCGUAUGGCUCCCGUCGAGGAAACGACGCCGUGAUGGCCAGAGGGACAUUCGCAAACAUCCGCCUCUUUAACAAGUUCCUCAACAAGCAGGCGCCACAAACCAUUCACCUGCCAACAGGUGAAACGCUGGACGUGUUUGAUGCUGCAGAGAGAUACCAGCAGUCCGGCGUCCCUCUGCUGGUUCUGGCAGGGAAGGAGUAUGGCUCAGGCAGCUCCCGAGACUGGGCAGCUAAAGGGCCCUUCCUGCUAGGUAUUAAGGCAGUUCUAGCAGAGAGCUAUGAACGGAUCCACCGCAGUAACCUUGUGGGAAUGGGAGUGAUUCCUCUGGAGUAUCUACCAGGAAACACUGCUGACAGCCUGGGGCUGACCGGCAGAGAGCGCUACACCAUCAUCAUCCCCAAGCACCUCACUCCAAGGAUGCUUGUCGACGUCCAGCUCGACACGGGGAAAACAUUCCAAGUGCGGAUGAGAUUCGACACAGACGUGGAGCUGGCAUAUUUCCACCACGGGGGAAUCCUCAACUACAUGAUCCGCAAAAUGUCUGAAAACUAACAUGCAGAGCACAGCGCAGGAAGUUUAAUUGUUCUUAUUCUGAGCUACAGUCCAACAUGGUAUGAAUCUAACGUAACAGUCGACAGACGGAAAAUGUACAGGUAAAAUUCAAUCUCCACGCUCGAUGCAAUGAGCCACUCACAGAGACACAAUCUUCUCAUUUUUGAGAACACUGCUACGAGUCAUGUUUGAAUCAUAGAGGAGAGCCUGAGUGAAUAAACUGCAUAUGAGAUAUAAAUAAUGAAUGAAGAUAUGCAAGGCAGGAUGAUACUUGAUUUUGAUAUGCCAUACAGAAGGUAAAAAUGUUUCACCGCAAACCAGAUGUCCUCCUGUAUUUCAUUGCCUUAAGAAUGAAAUUCCAGCCUGCACUUUCAGAGGCAGCAGUAGUUUUGCUUUUAUGUGAUACAUCUGAACCAAGGCGAUGGAUUAUUCCACAUUAUUACAGGCUUGACUUUUUUGUCUUCUAUCAGUUAAGAUCUGGAGCUGAGUCUAUGGUACCAGUCAUGAGCUUUGGUACUACAGCAUCACAGUCUUCUGUAUUAUGCAGUCUUCUGUAUUAUGCGUGCUGCAGUUGCACUAUGGAGGACUUUGUCUUUACGUUUGUGUCCCUGUUUGCUGUGCAUUUGCAUGUGCACAUGAGUGCAUGCAGGUGACGUGAUAAACAUUCUGGCCAAUGUUUUUUUCACCAUUCCAUUGAUCGACAAAGACAGGAAAGCUGGAUGUAAACAAUGCAGGUUUAAGAGUAAAAAAUAAUAAUUGAUGUUUUGUGAGCAGGGAGAUGGAUUGAACACACUGUGCUGAAGAACAAAGAGCUAUAGUCACAAAUUAGAGCCAGGUUGUAAUAAAGCAGAAAUAAUAUAUGAAUCGCCAUAUGAAUCAUGUUGAGAUUUAAAGUUCAUUCUUCACCAUGAUAGAAAUACAUUUUAUGUACAUCUCGGCUUCUAAGUGAUAUAUGGAUUAUGUUAGUGACGGUACAUAUUGGUGGUGAUGAACCUAUAAUAUAUGUCCGAGGAGGAGUAAUCAGGUGUAGCUUCACUGUGAGAGCACAUUAUUCUCCUGGUUUCUUUUCCAGCAUUCCAAAACUGGUGAAGCAGUGUUUGACAUUAAUGUUGGGUUUCCAUUUCGCUGUUUCCAUUCGUUGGUGGUGUCCUCAAGUCGUCACCGUUGUGUUGAACUGUUCCAUGUUCUUUACAAUCGCAAUGCAUUAGACCUCAGGAUACUGCUAAACUAAAUGAAAUGUGACUUAAACCAUUUUCCCUGAAAUUUA